UCCCUGGUGACGAUUUCCUCAACUAUUCGUGUUGCUUGCUGGAUUUCGCAACUCGUUUGAUUUUUGUUUUCGCAAGCCAGUCGAAACCUGUUGCUGAAAAGGGAGAAAGAGAGAAGAAAUGGCGACGUUGAUGCUGGUCAACUGUUCCAAUUGCCGGACGCCGUUGCAGCUCCCGCCCGGCGCUCGAUCCAUCCGUUGUGCGCUCUGCCAUGCCGUAACAAACGUCGCCGAUCCGCGCUCUGUUCCUCCGCCUUCUUCUGCGCCUCAACCUCAUUCCUCCUCCGCUCCUCCGCCCGCCAAUCUUCCUUCUCCCUACCAACAACCUCCGCCGCCAAGCUCCCACGGCCGGAAGAGGGCCGUGAUCUGCGGGAUUUCCUACAGGUAUUCCAGGCACGAGCUCAAAGGUUGCAUCAACGACGCCAAGUGUAUGCGUUACCUUCUCAUCAACAAGUUCAGCUUCCCCCCUGAUUCUAUUCUUAUGCUCACCGAGGAGGAAACUGAUCCUUACAGGAUACCCACUAAACAUAAUCUUAGGAUGGCGUUAUAUUGGCUUGUACAAGGUUGUCAGCCUGGAGACUCGCUGCUGUUCCACUAUUCUGGUCAUGGUUCCAGGCAACGAAACUACAACGGUGAUGAAGUUGAUGGAUAUGAUGAAACCCUUUGUCCUUUGGAUUUUGAAACUCAAGGCAUGAUUGUGGAUGAUGAAAUUAAUGCCACAAUUGUGAGACCUCUCCCUCACGGUGUUAAGCUCCAUGCUAUAAUUGAUGCUUGUCAUAGUGGAACGGUCCUGGAUUUGCCCUUCCUUUGCAGAAUGAACAGGAUAGGUUCAAGAACUCAUUUUGGCCAUGCUGUUAGAAUGUACAGUCACAUAUUGAGCAUUCCACUCCUAUUCUAAUCCUUGCCAACACCUUACAUGGAGUGGGCAAUAUGUAUGGGAGGACCAUAGACCACGUUCCGGUCUGUGGACAGGAACAAAUGGUGGAGAGGCAAUAUCCUUUAGUGGCUGUGAUGAUGACCAAACUUCUGCAGAUACAUCAGCUUUGUCCAAAAUAACGUCUACUGGUGCAAUGACUUUUUGUUUCAUCCAAGCGAUUGAGCGCAGCCAGGGUACAACUUAUGGGAGUAUUCUCAGUUCGAUGCGUUCGGCCAUUCGAGCUACUGGCAAUAAUGGCCUUGGUGGUGGGCCUGUCACUUCUGUCCUCACCAUGCUUCUGACAGGUGGCAGCAGUCUUAGUGGUGGACUGAGACAGGAGCCACAGUUAACUUCAUGUCAGCCAUUCGACGUGUACACCCGCCCUUUCUCUCUAUGACAUAUUUUAAAGUCUAAAUUGAACUGUUAUCACAUUCGAGGAUUGUAUGUUGACUCUCCCCCCUGUGUCACUCUUUCAUUGUUCGUGAAUGUGCAUGUGUGAUGUGUUUCAAGAUGUAAGCUCGGUGUCCCACCAGAGUUGGUUUCUGGAGGAAAGUGGAAGGAAAAUGGUAGAGAAGCUGAAGAAAAGGAGGAGCUGCAAAACGUCUGUACUGAAUGGAGAUCUCUGGAAUUAGUCAUCUCCUGAGCAUGUCAAAAGAAUUAUUUCUGGAUAUUACAGUUGUAGAAAAUGAACUUGAGCUAAUAAAAUACAAGACAUUGUUUGGUCGUGAAUACUGGCAUCAAUACGAUCUCAACUUGUAAAACAUACAGUUCGGGAGCACCUACACAAUUUUACAACACUAAGUAAUAUCGGCCACUAAAAGGCUGGCAAUUC